AUGGCUGACCACGAAUACAACGCCGAGGAGGCUGCCGAGAUCAAGAAGAGAAGAACAUUCCGCAAGUUCUCUUACCGCGGCAUUGACCUCGACCAGCUCCUCGACCUCUCCUCCGAGCAGCUCCGUGAUGUUGUCCACGCCCGUGCCCGCAGACGUUUCAACCGCGGUCUGAAGCGCAAGCCCAUGGGUCUCAUCAAGAAGCUCCGCAAGGCCAAGCAGGAGGCCAAGCCCAACGAGAAGCCCGACCUUGUCAAGACUCACCUCCGUGACAUGAUCGUCGUCCCCGAGAUGAUCGGCUCCGUCGUCGGCAUCUACUCCGGUAAGGAGUUCAACCAGGUUGAGAUCAAGCCCGAGAUGGUUGGCCACUACCUGGCUGAGUUCUCUAUCUCCUACAAGCCCGUCAAGCACGGUCGUCCCGGUAUCGGUGCCACCCACUCUUCCCGUUUCAUUCCCCUCAAGUAA